AGUAAUCCAUGGUUUAUGUCACCGAAUGUCUCUGAAUGGCUUAGGUGUUUUAUCGUAGUUUUGAAACUAGUGUUUAUAUAGCAAGACGAAGCGAAAAAGAGAAGAAAUGUCUAGCAUUGCGCCCCCGUUGUCUGUUGCGGGACAUCGAGCGUCUGGUAAUCCUGUGAGAACUCAAAAUGUUAUGGCUGCUUGUUCAAUUGCAAACAUUGUUAAGAGUUCCCUGGGACCAGUCGGUUUGGACAAGAUGCUGGUGGAUGACAUAGGGGACGUCACUGUUACAAAUGAUGGUGCAACAAUAUUACGUCUGCUUGAAGUGGAACAUCCUGCAGCACGUGUGCUAGUGGAACUUGCACAGCUGCAAGAUGACGAAGUGGGAGAUGGUACGACGUCUGUGGUAAUAAUUGCUGCAGAGCUGUUGAAGAAUGCUGACGAACUUGUGAAGCAGAAGAUACACCCUACAUCAAUUAUUAGUGGCUAUCGUCUAGCAUGCAAAGAGGCAUGUAAAUAUAUCCAAGAACACCUUACAGUUGGAGUUGAUGAACUGGGGCGAGACUGUCUGGUGAAUGCAGCAAAAACCUCAAUGUCAAGCAAACUUAUCGGCGCUGAUGCCGAUUUCUUCGCUAAUAUGGUUGUAGAUGCUGCACAAGCAGUAAAAGUUUCUGAUGGAAGAGGUGGUUUUAUAUACCCAAUAAAGGCUGUAAAUGUAUUGAAAGCUCAUGGGAGAAGUGCUCGUGAAAGCAUCUUAGUUCCAGGAUAUGCCCUCAACUGCACUGUUGCGUCUCAAGCAAUGCCCAAAAGAGUAACAAAUGCAAAAAUUGUGUGCCUAGAUUUCUCCCUCCAAAAAGUAAAGAUGAAGCUUGGAAUACAGGUUCUUAUAACAGACCCAGAAAAAUUGGAAGGAAUCAGGCAACGAGAAGCGGACAUAACUAAAGAAAGAAUUCAAAAGAUUUUAGCUGUUGGGGCUAAUGUAAUAUUGUGUAGUGGAGGUAUAGAUGAUCUUUGCCUUAAGUAUUUUGUGGAAGCUGGUGCCAUGGCUGUAAGGCGUUGCAAGAAAGCAGACUUGAAAAGGAUUGCUAAGGCUACUGGUGCUGCAUUUGUGACAUCCUUAUCAAACAUGGAAGGUGAAGAAAGUUUCGACCCCAGUGCAGUUGGAGAGGCAGCCGAAGUAGUGCAGGACCGUGUGUGUGAUGAUGAACUUAUACUUAUCAAAGGCCCUAAAGCCCGUACAGCAGCAUCAGUCAUACUGCGUGGGCCCAAUGACUUCUACUGUGAUGAAAUGGAGAGAUCGGUACAUGAUGCUCUCUCUGUUGUGAAACGUGUUCUAGAAAGCAAGAGUGUUGUUGCUGGUGGUGGUGCUGUUGAAGCAGCUCUUUCCAUUUAUUUGGAAAAUUUUGCUACGUCCUUAAGUUCCCGUGAGCAGUUAGCAAUUGCUGAGUUUGCACGAUCUUUAUUGGUAAUUCCUAAAACACUUGCAGUAAAUGCUGCACAAGAUGCAACUGAUCUUGUAGCAAAGUUGAGGGCCUAUCACAAUUCUAGCCAAACUAAAGUAGAUCAUGCACAUCUUAAGUGGGUUGGUUUGGACUUGUAUGAAGGCACAGUACGUGAUAACAAGAAGGCUGGUGUUUUGGAACCAGCUAUUUCAAAAAUAAAGUCACUGAAGUUUGCUACGGAGGCAGCGAUUACCAUUCUUCGCAUUGAUGAUAUGAUCCGUCUGGAUCCAGAAAGAAAGGACAACAAAUCUUACCGAAAUGCUUAUGAAUCUGGAGAGUUAGAAGACUAACUAUUUAUCAUUAUUAAGGUUUACUUUUCAUCUGCUUUUUGUGAGUGUAACAAAACUGAUACUGAGGCUUUCUGACGUUAACAAGUUAACAAUUGGCUAACAUUUAAUUAAAAAUUUGUAACCAUUUCUAUGCUGUUGAUCAGUUUGUUGAAUUUUUUUUAACUGAUGUGCAUCAUAAAUCUAGACCAUAUGCAUUUAUUUUUCAUCACAUUUGUUACACAAUUUUGAAAUGGAAUUAAAUCAGUUUCACCAACGAAA